CUCGUGAGGACCUCGGGAUUGUACAGGGCACGACUCGCGUUAGAUAUUCCUCCAGCUCGAGGUCCAGAUGGACGAGCAGGAUACUUGUCGAAUCUGUAGUGCCCCAGCGGAGCCUGGGCAGCCGCUCUUUCACCCUUGCAAAUGUUCUGGGACUAUACGCUAUAUACACCAGGACUGCCUGCAGACAUGGCUAGCGCACAGCAAGAAGAAGACGUGCGAUGUGUGCAAGUACCCUUAUGCAUUCACCAAAGUCUACGCACCAAACAUGCCCAGAAAGCUCCCGCCUUGGCUCAUCGCCCGGCGUGCGCUCAAGUCUGUCGUCUCUGGCGUGAUCUUCUGCUUGCGGGCCCUUAUGGUCGCGACGAUAUGGCUCGGAGCGCUUCCCUGGGCAACUGUCUACGCAUGGAGGAUGUAUUUCAACCUAGGGGACGCAACGGCGCACUGGAUCGCCGACAAGAACCGGCUUGCCAACAGCUCCUUCAUAGAGCAAGCCUUUUUCUCUUACUCCAAUGUGGACACCGCCACCAAGUUGAGUAAGAAAGAGCUUGAAGCUAUCGACCUUAUGCCCUGGUACCGCCGUAUCUUCCUCUCCCCCACCUGGGUCGACCUUUCCUCGGACAUCUUCCAAGGACAGAUCAUCGCUUCCUUCAUCGUGCUUACUUUUGUCGCGAUAUUCCUCCUGCGCGAGUGGAUUGCGCAGAAUGCACGCCCGGGCGUGUUUGAGGACGAGGAACCGCCACCACCGAUGGAAGAAGCACCUGCGCCCGCGCCAGCGCCUGCACCACCGCAGCCAGCUCCUCCAGUUCCGGAAGAUCCAGAGCCGGUCUAUGGUCCAAGGCUACCAACCCUAGUCGAAUCACGCUACAUCGAAAUUCCUCCUGGUGGUUUGCCCGUACAGGGAGGUACAGUGCACGCAACGGAAAUCACUGAACCACCGCUGCCUUGGCCGACGGAAGGCCCGUUGGCUAGGCCAGCCGAACCGGAACGCAGCGCGCCUACGGCUUGGGGGCGUGCACAAGCAGGGCCUUCGUCGAGUAGUGACUCCGCUGCGCCUGAGGGCGAGCAGCAGAACAAACGUCGCAAGGAGCUUCCUGUGCGCGACUUAUACCAGAACGUGCACGCGCGCAGGCAGCACAAUGCGAUCCAGGCGGAGAGGCAUGCGCGGAUCAUGGGCGGGGCCGCUUCGCGCCCCGUCACUGCCCAGGGCUCGAUCCGCAAUCGCUUGGAGUACCCAUCGAGUCCUACCUUGGGGGCGUUUCCGGGUGGCACGUCCGACCAGGGCACGAAUCCGUGGAGCAUCGCCGAGGCGUCCUCAUCUUCGUCGUCUGCGCAAAAUCUUCCCCGUCUGAACAUUCCCAGCAAUACCGCCUUCACUUUCACUGCGCUGCCUGAUGCACCGCGACCGAACCUCUUCGCGCCGGCGGGCCCGUUCAACAACUUUGCCCGCCAGCGAUCUCCGGGUGUCACGCGAGAGCCGGAGGACGCCUACAGUAGGCCUUUCAUCGCUGGGCCCAACGGCGCUCAGUUUUCCUUCGGUGCCAGUUCGUCUUCGAAUGGCACUGUCGACACCGCAAGCGCACCCGGACCCAGUUCGCAGUCGUCCGCUGGGCCAAGCCGAUUCCCGGGAAGCUUAGCCGGCUCUGCGAAUGGCACUCCCAGCAUCUUUGGGAACAUGCAGAGCAACACCUGGGGCAACCCUACCUCUCCUGCUGCAGCGACGCCGCCGCUCCUCACGCCGACUCGGCGACCACCUCUGCCGCCGACCACGACACCGCUUCGGAGUCCGGGUCUCGCGCCCCCAGGAAGCAGCUCUGCGGCCGCCUCUGCACCACUCGACUCGCCGAGUCUCGCGAUGUAUAGGGCGCCGGAGGAGUUGAGGGAGGGUUACUUUGACGACGUGGCCGCAGAGGCCGAGUUGAAAGCGGAAGACAGCGAGUCGAGAGCGGGAGGCAAGGGCAAGGCGGCGGCGAGGGACGAGACACCGUCGCCCGAUGACUGGCAGAGCAUCAAUAAGGAGAUGCUGGAUCAGUUCUUCCCGGAGCGGAAAGGGGACGAUGCGGACGACGAAGAUGACGAGGAAGAGGGCGAGGGUCAUGUGCCAGGAGCGUUCGGGGCGGCAGAGGAGCGACGUCGAGACGAGGAAGAAAGAGAGGAAGACAUCAUCGAAGGCGAGCUAGUACAGGAGGACGAGCACAAUCAUGCGAACGCGGGAGGUCCUGACGAUGUGGGGGCACGGAUAGAGGUGAACGGCGGACCUAUGGAAGAGGUCGAGAUCGAGGGAAAUGUGGACGACGAUGUGGAUGGCGCGUUAGAAGCAGCGAUUGGCAUGCGAGGUCCCAUCGGGAAUGUUUUGCAGAACGCCAUGCUCAUGACCUUCGUCCUCGACACGGCGAUUGGUAUCGGUAUCUGGGUCCCCUUCACCAUUGGGAAAGCGACGGCACUGCUCAUGCUGAACCCGCCUCAACUGUUCAAGCUUAUCCAGGUUCCUAUGGUCCUCAUACGGAUACUCACUGACCCCAUCGUCAACGGCUUGACGCACUUGGUGGUAGCUUGGGCGAUUCCCAUGGUCCAGAACUUGGCCAUGUUUGUGUUACGAGUGCUGCUAGGAAGCAAGAUCGCCGACAAGCUGCAGUCGUGGCUGGCAAAGCUGUACGAUAUCGCCUAUGAAUCCGUCGAGAGUGCCUUCAGCUCAGGAACCGUCGAGGAAACAAGCGGUAUGGAGCCUCAAGCGUCGUUCUUCUGGGACACGGUCAUUGGAAAGCAAGCGGAGGAAUGGCUUGCCAACCUUGGCGCCCAUGUUAAAGCUUUCGGCCACGAAGUCAAGAACACCUGGAUCAUGCUUGCCAUCGGUGACCAACCCGCGCAAAGAGCAUUCGCCGUCGUACUAGGAUACUCAGUGAUCCUGCUGGGGGCUGGUAUCUACCUGAACUUGCUAUCCGUUGGCAACGUGCAGACCGCGACUAGAGCCGUACGCAAUACCAUUCGCCAGCAGCUGGUCGUUCUGAAGGUUGCGUUCUUCAUCUUCAUCGAGAUUGCGGUGUUCCCCCUCGGGUGCGGCUUCAUUCUGGAUGCGAGCACGAUGUGGAUGUUCUCGGACGUCAAUGUCGCGGCACGAACCGAGUUCUUUAAGCACGCCCCCCUAACGGCCACCUUCUACCACUGGGUAGCGGGUACGAUGUUUAUGUAUACCUUUGCCGUGAUUCUGGCCGGCUGCCGCACCAUCAUGCGCCCAGGUGCAAUGUGGUUUAUCAAGGACCCUCAAGACGCAAACGCACAUCCUAUCCGCGACAUUCUUGACCGUUCUGCACUCGCGCACCUACGCAAGAUCCUCAUGAGCGGGGUCAUGUACACCCUGGUCGUCUGUCUUUGCGUUGUUAGCCUGGCUGCCUUGUUGUCCGUCGGAAAUUACGCAGUCCUGCCCCUGCGCUGGAAGACUCGUGAGCCGCUGUCCAACGUUCCCGUUGACCUCGUGUUCCUUCAUAUCGCCCUCCCGUACACAAUGCGUUACUUCAGACCCAAGAAGGCUAUCAAGGCGUCGACCAUCAAAGUCUGGAAAUGGCUGUCGUCCCAACUGAGGCUCUCUUCCUACUUCUUCAACGAGACUCACGAGGAAGAAAUCGCCGCGCCUGCGAGCCAGAGCGCAUACAUUGCAGCGUAUCUCGACAGUCUUUGGACCGGGCGACCUCUGGGCUACAAUGACUUCGUCAAGGACCGCGGUACAUGGCGUCGCGUCCCGGCCAAUGACAACAUACCGAUACCUGCGGAGAUGCGGGCAACUGUAGAGGUCACCGAGGAGGGCUUGCCUGUGGAUGACGAGUCGCGCCGACUCAUGGCCCAGCAAGACGCGGAGAUCGAGCGAUCGAGGCGGAAGCCGAAGGACGAAUUCAUUAUCGUAUACCUUCCCCCCCUCUUCCGCUAUCGCAUGAUGGCGUUCAUCGUCUCUUUCUGGAUCAUUGGAUCGGUCUGUGCCGGUCUCGCGUUCAUCCUGCCGCUGCAGUUGGGACGCCUUUUCUUCCGCCUCUGGAUUCCGCAAGACGUGCACGACGGCUACUCUUUCAUGGCCGGCUUCUACCUGAUCUGGGCCUGCGUCCACAUCAUGCGCGCCAUCGACCGAUUGGACAAGCGCAGGCAACGAACGGGAGAGGAAGGCCCGCGCUCCGACUUGCGCAUCUACGUGCUCAAGCGGGGAUCGUUAUGGCUGGCGAAGAUCACGUACUUGGCCAUCUGCCUGGGCGUCAUCAUCCCGACGCUGACGGCGCUUGUGUUCGAUUGCUACUUGAUUCUGCCACUGCGGUUCACGUUCAAUCCGACGCUUGUUCCGCGGGUCCGACUCGUAGACUCGUGGGCGACGGGCUUGCUGUACAUGAAGGCCCUGUCGUUCGGUCUGCGUGCAGGACCGCGCAACUCGUUGUCGCGAGGGAUUAACCAGAUGAUCAACAGCGGGAUAACGCACCCCGACCCUAUUGCUGCCACCAAACAGGUCAUAGCGCCCGUAAUAGGCGGCUUGCUUCUCAUCAUCCUCUUCCCCGCCGCGCUCUUCAAGGCCUGCUUGCUGAUGUUCCCCGGCUGGGGGAUUGCUGGCAAGGCGCUAUUCACGCGCUUCUACCCCGGUAUCCUCUCGCUUACAUUGUCGAGUCUCAUCUUCGAGGGCAUGCACGAGACGCUCCAGAAGUGGCAGCAGGACAUCCGCGACUCGGAGUUCCUCGUCGAGAUGCGCCUGCGCAACCUCGAGCCCAACUCGCCAAACACAGCCGCGGCGCCGGCAUCAUAACAGUGACACCUCCCCCUUGUCUUGUGCCUGUUACACGCACCAUUUCUUGGUACACACCUAGCUAUCUUCCUGGACCACCCCACUUCAUCGUCUUCACGCUAUAAGCACCUACAUACUCCAGUACACCCACACCACUCGUUCACGUUAUAUAGCAGCUGUCGUCGCUUUCGAUUGUAGCAAGUAUUAUUUUAAUUUACAGGCAAAAUGUACGAACACUUCUCGGGAUACACA